CUGCCGCCGUGCCGGGCCACCAUACCACUGCCUGGCACCAGUAAUAUCUUGACUCUUGUUUUCCAGGCACUUGUCGUCCCACGCAGUACAGACUCAGUAGUGUGUGUUCAUUUGGUUUGAUUACACGGCCGGUCGGUAAUGGAACAGGAAGGUUGUGUGGUGUUUCAGCAGGUCAUUUUGGAUAGCGUUUUGUCACGAGCUCGUGCUAGUUCUGCGUGGAAGUGAAGACUCCUUGCGCGCGGCCAUCGCCGGACCGCGGAGUAGGAGGACCCGCUAUCCACUGCCAGCUGCAUUGUGGAACUUCGGCAGUGAUGGCAGCAGUGAACGUUUCCAAGCUCCUUCGGUACACUUGGGAGGAUAAAGUGGAGGAUCUAAAAGCAGCAAUAGUUGAGGGUGGUGUUCUCAAAAAGGAAAUCAAACUCCAAAAGGAUGCCAGGGGAGAUCCAUUGUUGGCAACUUUGCUGAGGAUUGCCUGCAAUAUGAAUGCUACGUCUGUUGUCAAGUUCCUGGCAAGCAUUGUUGACAGGAACGUGCUGAACUGUGCAGGGGAGGUCAGGUGGCGUGCCCAUACGGGUCAAUAUAAAACCGUCUACGGUAGUGCUCUUCAUGCAGCUACUGAUCGAGGCUCCGUUAAGUGUUUACAGUAUCUACUCGAUGCCGGUGCCGAUACAAACGUGACUGAUGUGGUGAGGAAGCCAGUUAUAUCGUAGGUAUUUGGUUUCCAUGGUUCCUUUGUCCCCACGUGUAUCUAUAAGCGUGUCUGAAUGUGCAUCUGAAUGUGUGUCUGUCUGAAUGUGUGACGGUCUGAAUGUGUGUCUGUCUGAAUGUGUGUCCGUCUGAAUGUGUGUCUGAACACGAGAGAGCUUGAAAGCUCGGUGCCCUACGCUAUGCUUUUUUUGCCUAGCUCAUCAUGCAAGUUAUCCAAACUAAUGGAAGCGUCUUUGAGCUGAUGUUAGGGAGGAGAAGUAUGCGUUAGACCUGUAGAGGAUGUCGUGUAGAAUGAGAGCGAGUCACAUAAUCUGCCAGAGACGGUGUCUCGUCCGAGCCUGGCUCAUCUUCGCCCUCAAACAUCGAUAUCCACGGAUUGGUCUGCUCGACAAACUCCCAGGCGCCUGAUCGAAUCGGGACAUAAAACUCUCGAUGGAAGCAAACAUCUGGCCAACUGAUAACUCCAGCUUCUGGAAACGCUCUAGCAAAACAGAUUUGGAUCUACCGACCGAUCUGCGGGCCGAUUUCCUACUAACACUUGAUGUGGAUUCAAUAUCUGACGCCGCUAUACUCACCUCAUUGUCCAUCACCAGCACAGGAUCAGCUCUCUCAGAACCGGAAGGAGAACCUGGAUUUUGAUGCUGAACGAAGACACCCUGAACGAAAACACGGAUUGAGAACUACUAGCGCCAAGAACAAAACUGACACUAUUAGAAUUUGUGCGUGACAUCUCAAUAAAACCUUCCUGAAAUGACGCUUCUUUCUUCAUUUAUCUUAUUAUUUUUCAGACGCAACGUGGGAUUCGAACAUGUACUAUCGCCCUGCAUGCAUUCCCCCGAUACACUUCGCACACAUACACAUUCUUGCAAGUUGCUUCACGUUAUGAUCUUGCAGUUGAAAGCCCUAUUUGAAUAA